UGGUCUACACCGCAGUCCCGUGCACGGCACCCGGUCGAGUACGUCACCGCGAGAGCAUUCCGCCAUCGUAGCGUUCGCAACCGUUCACGUCCGACCGCGGCGAACACGCGCGCUUGCCCAUUCCGAUUCCGCGUCCGUUCCGGAUGCACCGCGGUGCCAUGAGGGGCUGCCUUCAUCAGCACGUUCGCCGUCACUUCUCCAAGGGCUCCAUGGACGUGACGGCUGAGGUGAGGGACGCACUGAACAACCGGAGGCCGGUAAUCGCAUUGGAGUCGGCCGUCAUUACACAUGGGCUACCGUAUCCCAAGAACGUGCAGACCGCUAUGGAAAUGGAACGCAUCAUCAAGUCGCACGGCAUCGUCCCGGCGACGAUCGGUGUGAUCGAUGGAAGAGUUAAAGCCGGCAUGGUCUCCGAACAGAUUGACGCACUCGGAUUGCCGACCGAGAAGAAAACAGUCAAGGUUUCUAGAAGGGACUUCCCUUACGUGCUCAGCCAAGGCUUAAAUGGAGGCACUACGGUGUCCGGGACAUUAGUGAUCGCCAACGCGUUGGGCAUACAAUUCUUCGUCACCGGUGGAAUUGGUGGCGUUCAUAUUGAUGGUCAAAAUUCUAUGGAUAUAAGUGCUGAUUUAUUAGAGCUAUCAAGGUGUCCAAUAAUGGUUGUGUCUGCUGGUAUAAAAUCCAUACUUGAUAUAGGACGAACUUUAGAGUAUCUUGAAACUGUAGGCGUUUGUGUAGCUUCAUACAAUUCUAAAGGAGAUUUUCCUGCAUUUUAUACUAAAAAAAGUGGGUAUCAUUCUGCGUGCGAUGUAACUACACCCAAAGAAGCAGCCAGCCUUUUAGAACAAUGUCAAAAUACUGGAUCUGGGGUUCUGCUAGCGGUUCCAAUACCAGAAGAAAAAAUAACUAAGGCUGAAAUCGAUAUUGCAAUAAAUAAUGCUUUAAAUUUGUGCGCAAAACAAGGAAUAAUGGGGAAAAAUGUUACUCCCUUUGUUUUAAGUGAAGUUAGUCGAGUGACCAAAGGAGUAUCUAUGGAGACAAAUAUUUCUUUACUGAAGAAUAACUCUUUGAUUGGAAGUAAAAUUGCUAUUGAGUAUUAUUCUAAAGUAUUGUCUCCUUGGUCAAAGCCUAUUUUUGAAAUAAAAAAGAAUAUAAAAAAAGCAAAUAACUCUGUCGUAGUAGUUGGUGGUAGUAAUGUGGAUUAUGUACUCCAAGUUGAUGAAGAUUUUAAGCUGGAUGGUCGAAUGUUGGCAGGACAGAUGAAACAAGUUAGCGGCGGAGUGGGCAGGAACAUAGCUGACGCUUUGGGCCGUUUCGGACACGAUGUCUAUUUCUUGUCAGCUGUCGGCGGAGACUCUAACGGCGAACUGAUACUUAAAUCUCUUAACCACAUAAGCACGGAAAACGUCGUGGUGAUCGACGACCACUUGCAGCCAACGUCCUGGUGCGUGGUGCUUCAAAACCGAACGGGUGACUGUAUGGCGUGCAUCGGGGAUAUGGGAUGCCACGAGCAGAUAUCCGUCGACAUGAUAAAAAUAAAUAUCGAUGCGUUGUACCGAAGCCCGCUGGUAGUUAUCGAUGGAAACGUUUGCGCGGAAACAAUGAAGUUUGUGAUUGGAUUUUGUAACGAGGAGAACAUACCAGUGUACUUCGAGACCACCGACAUUUCCGUGGCCGCAAAACCGUUUCGCACGGAUAUGUGGAAAGGAUUAUCCUUCAUAUCGCCGAACUUUGAGGAAUUGCAACAAAUUUCGAACGCAAUACCAGCUCGAGAUCGUGUAAAUUACGCUAUUAAAGUUUCCAUUAACGGCGACGACGGCGAAUUCGACGACGCACGAGAUCGCAUAAUGAAUAGUUCAAAAGACGUCGUUUGUAAGCUAAUAUCUCACAUUCCCGUCAUUAUGGUGACACUCGGCGACAAAGGGCUGUUGUUGGCUUCGAGACAAUCCGAUGACACGGUUUCGUUGGUACACUAUCCUGCGCACAAAAUUUUAGAGACGCCCGUCAGUGCUUCUGGAGCCGGUGACUGUCUGUGCGCAGGUUACAUAUCUGGAAUCUUAAAAGGUAAAUCACAAGACGAAUGCAUCACAAUGGGACUGAAAGCAGCAACACAUGCACUUUCGUCACAGAAUCCAGUACCCGUAGACAUUUAUGCAACUAGCUUAUAAGAUAAACUUAUAUAUAUCUACAAGAAUAUAGCAAAAUACAUUAAGAUUUAACAUUAAUUUUUUUUUAAAAAAAUAUAACAGCUACCCUUUACCAUA